ACUCACCACUUUUGCACUUCCAUGAAUCUGACUGUGAACUAAGAGGAUCUUCAUCGUGUGAAUCUCUGCUUUCUCUCAAUACUGAAAAAAUUCUGAGCCAAGCAAAGUCACUUGCAGAACAAAAGCGAUUUCCAUUUGCCACUGAUAAUGAGAACAAAAAUGAAGAUUUGGCAAUUGCCUAUGUGUUGAUUGGCAGUGGCCUAUAUGAUGAAGCUGUAAGACAUUUUUCAGCAAUGCUACAGGAUGAUCCAGAGCUGGUUAGUGCUAUUUAUGGACGAGGGAUAGCAUAUGGCAAAAAAGGACUACAUGACAUAAACAAUGCUGAGCUUGCCCUUUUUGAGCUGAGCAGAGUAAUUAGUCUGGAACCAGAUCACCCUGAAGUAUUUGAACAGCGAGCAGAAAUACUGUCUCCUCUGGGCCGAAUUAGUGAGGCGCUGGCUGAUCUCACCACAGCUAUUCAGCUACAACCAUCGGCGCGACUUUACAGGCACAGAGGUACUCUUUACUUCAUAUCUGAGGACUAUGCAACAGCUCAUGAAGAUUUUCAGCGCUCCUUGGAACUAAACAAAAACCAGCCUAUAGCUAUGCUAUACAAAGGCUUGACUUUUUUCCAUAGAGGACUUCUGAAGGAAGCUAUUGAAUCAUUCAAAGAAGCCUUAAAGCAGAAAGCUGAUUUCAUAGAUGCAUAUAAGAGUCUGGGACAGGCCUACAGGGAGCUUGGUAACUUUGAUGCUGCUACAGAGAGCUUCCAGAAGGCUUUGUUGCUAAAUCAAAAUCAUGUUCAGACAAUACAGCUCAGGGGAAUGAUGCUUUACCAUCACGGUAGCCUAGAUGAAGCACUGAAGAAUUUUAAGAGAUGUCUUCAGCUAGAGCCAUAUAAUGAAGUAUGCCAGUAUAUGAAAGGUCUCAGUCAUGUUGCAAUGGGACAAUUUUAUGAAGGCAUAAAAGCUCAAACUAAGGUUAUGUUAAACGAUCCACUACCAGGCCAGAAGGCUAGUCCAGAGUACCUAAAAGUGAAAUACCUCAGAGAAUAUUCUCGAUAUUUGCAUGCCCAUCUUGAUACUCCUCUUGUAGAGUAUAAUGUAGAUACAGAUCUUCCUGGAAACUUUAAGGACCAUUGGGCCAAAAACCUUCCCUUUCUAAUAGAAGACUAUGAAGAACAGCCAGGAUUGCAGCCACACAUAAAGGAUGUGCUAUUUCAUAAUUUUGAAAGCUAUAAACCUGAGGUACAAGAACUUGUAUGUGUGGCUGAUCGUCUGGGUUCACUGAUACAAUACGAGACACCAGGAUUUCUUCCAAAUAAGAGAAUACACAGAGCAAUGGGGCUGGCUGCAUUGGAAGUAAUGCAAGCUGUGCAACGGACCUGGACAAACUCAAAAGUUCGAAUGAAUGGGAAAACCAGAUUGAUGCAGUGGAGAGACAUGUUUGACAUUGCUGUGAAGUGGCGAAGGAUAGCUGACCCAGAUCAGCCCGUGCUUUGGUUAGAUCAAAUGCCAGCUCGAAGUCUUAGUAGAGGCUUUAAUAACCACAUUAAUCUAAUCAGGGGACAAGUCAUUAACAUGAGAUACCUGGAAUAUUUUGAAAAAAUACUUCAUUUUAUUAAAGACAGGAUCCUUGUUUAUCAUGGUGCUAAUAAUCCUAAAGGUCUGCUAGAAGUUAGAGAAGCACUGGAAAACGUUCACAAAGUAGAAGACCUUCUUCCCAUAAUGAAGCAGUUUAACAGUAAAACAAGAGAUGGAUUUACUGUAAAUACAAAAGUCCCUAGCCUCAAAGAUCAAGGGAAAGAAUAUGAUGGAUUCACAAUUACAAUAACAGGAGACAAAGUUGGGAACAUAUUAUUUUCAGUGGAAACUCAGACAACAGAAGAAAGAACACAACUGUAUCAUGCAGAAAUAGAUGCACUAUAUAAGGACCUAACGGCCAAAGGAAAAGUACUAAUUUUAUCUGCAGAGCUUGGGGAGGCAGAUGCUGUGUGCAAUCUUAUCCUGUCUUUAGUUUAUUACUUCUAUAAUUUAAUGCCCCUCUCAAGAGGAUCCAGUGUGAUAGCUUAUUCGGUGAUCAUGGGAGCACUGAUGGCAAGUGGGAAAGAAGUAGCAGGAAAAAUACCAAAAGGAAAGUUGGUUGAUUUUGAAGCCAUGACAGCACCUGGUUCUGAGGCCUUUAGCAAAAUAGCCAGAAGCUGGAUGAAUCUCCAAAGUAUUUCUCCUGCUUACAAGAGUCUCCCAUCAGUAUCAGAGACGUUUCCAACAUUAAGAACAAUGAUUGAGGUGCUAAAUGCAGAUUCUUCUCGUUGUCUUAAAAAAACUCUAGUUGCUGUUUAAUUUAUACAAAUAAAGAGCCAAAACCUCUUGUUUUGUAAAUUAUUUUUGAAAAGGAAAAAUUAUGAAGACACUGGUCUUAAAUUAUUUUGAUACAAUUUUUGAUAAAUGUAAUACUUGAACUAUUUUAUUUACCUUACGGGCUCUCAACAAGUGGGAAAAUCUUUGAUUGAAAAUAUACAAUGACUGUGAAGGAUGGGGGCAUAUGGCAGCUUCAUUUGUUUUAAUGCAUAAUUUAAUGCCACUGCUUUCCUAAGUGCAAAUUUAUUUCAGUGACCAAAUCUAAGGCAAUAUGAUAUAAUUGAAUGGUAACUAUUUUGAACCUGCUGCCGAUAUGGAUUUUGUUCUUAAAAAAUGUUUUUCUUAAUGCACUUUGAAAAUCCCAUAUCUUCUCUGUCUUUCAGUCCUACAUUUUCAGGUUCUUCAAAACAAAACAUUUUACUAUGAAGAAUAGUUUCAAAUGCCUGUUUGAUGAAUAAUGUCAGGAACACUUGUAAAGAAUUUGAUGUCAGGAAAACAAACUUUGGAAAUAAAAGUAAACAAAUAAUGUGCUUAAAA